GUUGUUGGGAGAGAAUCGUUGUUGCUGUUCGAUGCAGAAGUUACAAAAGACGGAGUAAGAUUAAUUCCUCGAAGUGAAAAGAUGGAAACAAACAACGUGGAUAAUGUUCUGUUCGCGAAUGGGUUUGAAAUAGAUAGCGAGCAAGAAAUAAUAGUACCUGAGAAAUAUCGCAGCAAAAUAAACCAGUGGAUCGAGAAUUAUAAGGUAGUACGAAGUGAACAUCGAGCAGAAGAGAGUUCAGUGAUAUUAGAGAUUGUGACCGAAGAGCGAAUUCGGCCGUUUCGACAUGCGCCCUCUCGCUUAGCAUAUCCCGAAGAAGAAGCAGUGUAAAAGCAAGUAGAAGAGUGGCUACGGCAAGGCAUAGUGCGUCCUUCAUCGUCUAAUUUCGCAAGGUAAUUGUUGCAUCCUGAUUAGAGCGUAGCCUAACCGUGCGCUCUAUGCCGUCUGGGAAUUGACAGCAUCCGAUGUGUAGCGGAUAUGGCUGUCUCGCUCUAGCAACGAUCGGGGAUGCGCUUCAGGAGCGUAGAAGUUCGUGAGUAAGGAUCGUGCGGAUCCUGGGGGGACUCUCUGCUCAUCACGGUUCCGGGACAGACGUGGCUCGCGCGCGGCCUCGUAUUUUACGUUUGUUUUAAUGUUCGUUUUAAUUGUGUUUUAAGUGAAAUAAAAGAAAUAAGUACCAGUGUACAAACACAUAAGUGGCGACGAGAAUUAGUGGAAACGAUCGACGUCAAGCAGAGAAACGCCGCAGAAUGUCCAGCCCAGAAGAGACGCCUAUCACCGAGGAGCAGCGUCGUCUCUCGCAAAAUGGAAUCCUUAAUGCCGGGUUCAUCAACCUCCAGCCAGCGCAGCACGUGUCAUCGGAUCCAACGCCGCUGCAACAAACGCUGCAACUUUUGCAACAGCAACUCGUUCAACAGCAGCAGCAAAUGGCACAGCAACAGCAGUUAUUAUCACAGCUCGUGCAACAGCAACAACAGCAACUGCAGCCACACAUCCCGGACCAGCAACCUGUGUCAAAGCCGAGCAACCCGGAGCUGAUAUUGGAAGCCCUAGCGGGGAAUAUUAGUGAGUUCCGGUACGAUCCAGAGGCGGGAAUAACUUUUGCAUCAUGGUACACACGGUAUGUAGACCUGUUCAGAGAAGAUGCUUCCCGCUUGGAUGACGCCGCCAAGGUUCGACUCCUAGGACGCAAACUUGGGACCGCCGAACACGCCCGUUUUAGCAACUUCAUAUUGCCGCGUGCACCCAGAGAUUUCACCUUUAACGAAAUGGUGGACAAGUUAAGCGUUCUUUUCGGCAAAAUGGAGUCGGUGUUAAGCAAGCGCUUCAAGUGUUUUAAUAUAACGAAAAUGCGCACCGAGGACCUGCUAGCAUUUACCUGUCGAGUGAACAAAGCGUGCGUCGAUGCGGAAUUUUCUUCAAUGACGGAGGAAGAUUUUAAAUGCCUCAUCCUUGUGUGUGGGUUGAAGGACGAAAGCGUACAGGACAUAAGGAUGAAAUUGUUAGCCGCCAUCGAAGACAGGAAGAACGCCACUUUGGAGCAGCUAGCAGCGGAUUGCCAGCGAUUAAUGCGCGUGAAAGCGGAUAGUGCAAUGAUCGCUACGGAUGCCAGUGAGAGAGUGCACGCGGUGCAAGCUAAAGGCAGCCGUCACUUUUACCGGAACAACACCGACCGUCACCCCAAAUCAGGCCCGCGAAGCGAAACUUCUAAACCCCGUACCCCGUGUUGGCUUUGUGGUGCCCUUCAUUGGACCCGCGAAUGCACUUACAGAGCCAACAAGUGCCGUGAUUGUGGACGUACGGGUCAUCGAGAAGGGUUUUGCAGCUCUGCCCACCGACGCAAAGCACGGCCGCGGUUCGAUCAUCGUCGUGCCGUAUCAUCUCGAGUAGUACGAGUCAACGUGUGCAGCGUGCAGCAGAACCGCAAGUACGUCAACGUACUGAUCGGAGAAAAACCAGCUCGACUACAACUCGACACCGGAUCGGACAUUUCGGUCAUCAGCUAUCGUCUAUGGAAGCAACUGGGUAUGCCUCACCUUAACCCUCCGAAGGUAAGAGCAAAAGCAGCUUCUGGAGAUGUAUUCGGCCUUGAAGAACAGCGGAACCACGAUCAUGGGAGGAAAAAUUUCCGACAGUUUUUCACGGAACAGGCCUGUGCACCAAAGCGCAAAUUCAUCUACAGCUGCGACAGGAUAGCCAACCAGUAUUUCGUCCGAAACGUCCGGUCGCAUACGCGAUGGAAGAUGCCGUAA